UUGGCUUUUUAUAGAUUUAUGAGAUUUAUUUAUUUACAAUUUUCUCACUGUUGUUACUCAUUCCGAUCAGUGUUCAGUCGAUUUCAAGAAAGUUGUAAAAAGUUUCCAUUUUUAAAUAUGGGUAACAAGCAAGUCAAGCAACAUUUUGAAACGGCGCAGAAGACAGGGGUGCUGAAAAUUUCCCAGAUGAGACUAAACGAGUUCCCAUCGGCUUUGAAAGCAUUUCCCAAUGUCUUAAAAACCCUAGAUCUCUCUGAGAACCGUUUUGCAGAGCUACCGGAUGACCUAGGGAAGUUUACACUCUUGAAACAUCUGAACGUAGCUGGUAAUCGGCUUAUUUCGAUCCCGGAGAUUAUUGGAGUGCUAGUCAAACUGGAAACUCUGAAUGCCAUGAACAACUUGAUUGUGAGAUUGCCACCAGAACUUGGCCAAUGUAAGAACCUGAAGCAGAUCAAUCUUAGCAACAAUCAAAUCAACGAAUUUCCCACAAUGGUUUGUGGCUUGAAGCAACUGGACCUGUUGGAUUUGUCGCGAAAUAAAAUUACCCUGAUUCCUCCGGAAGUUAGCAGUCUACAAGUUACGGAACUGAACGUCAAUCAAAAUCAGAUAUCUGAAGUGUCGGAAAAUAUUGCCUUAUGUCCGAAGCUGAAAACAUUCCGGAUAGAGGAGAAUUGCUUGCAAGCCACUGCUGCGCUUUCGAAAAUUUUGAAGGAUUCGCAGAUAUGUAAUCUUUCAGUUGAUGGAAACCUGUUCAGUUCCAAGGCAUUUGCCGAACUAGAUGGACAUGAUGCCUACAUGGAAAGAUACACGGCGGCUAGGAAGAAGAUAUUUUAAUUAGAUCAAAUUCAAAAUAAUACCACCUAUAAAUGUUAUUUUUUGCACGCUUUUACA